AUCAAAUGAAAGUAUAUCCAACGCAUUUCAUCCUAACAAACAGCUAAUGCAGGAACAAUUGAAUAAUAAUUAAUAAAAAAGAAAUUAGUGAGUGGUUAGAAGCCUUGACUAAAGCGUCUCUAGUUGUUCUUCAACAAGCUUUUGCCACCAUUUGUUCUCUCUCCUUUUCUUGCAGAUCUUGAGAGCAACAAAAAACUCAGAAGCAAUGGAGCUCCGCUUCAGAUCUCCAUUGACAUUCUCAUCAGUUCCCACCAUUGUUCUGCUCUUCUUUCUUUCUUGCUACAGCUUCACUUCAACUGAAGCAUAUGAUGCUCUGGAUCCAAAUGGAAACAUCACAAUUAAAUGGGAUGUCAUCAAUUGGACGCCUGAUGGCUACGUGGCUGUUGUAACAAUAUUCAACUUCCAACAAUACCGUCACAUCCAAGCUCCAGGGUGGAGUCUCGGGUGGACUUGGGCUAAAAAAGAGGUGAUUUGGAGCAUGAUGGGCGGCCAAACAACCGAGCAAGGAGAUUGUUCGAGGUACAAAGGGAAUAUCCCACAUUGCUGCAAAAAAGACCCCACAGUUGUUGACCUAUUGCCCGGGACACCAUAUAAUCAACAGAUUGCGAAUUGCUGUAAAGGGGGUGUUAUAAACUCUUGGGCUCAAGACCCAGCAAAUGCGGCUAGCUCAUUCCAGGUCAGCGUUGGGGCUGCGGGGACCACAAACAAGACUGUUAGGGUCCCGAAGAAUUUUACGCUCAAGGCACCUGGGCCAGGCUACACGUGUGGGCCUGCGAAGAUUGUGAAGCCCACCAAGUUUGUUACGCAGGAUGGGAGAAGGGUGACCCAGGCAAUGAUGACAUGGAAUGUUACGUGCACAUAUUCACAGUUCCUAGCUCAAAAAACUCCCACGUGUUGUGUAUCAUUGUCAUCCUUUUACAACGACACUAUUGUCCCUUGCCCGACUUGUACGUGUGGAUGCCAAAAUAACCUUACUCAGCCUGGGAGCUGUGUGAAUCCUGAUUCUCCAUACCUUGCUUCGGUUGUUUCCGAUCGAGGGAAGAGCAAUAAUCUGGCGCCACUCGUCCAGUGCACCAGCCACAUGUGUCCCAUUCGAGUACACUGGCACGUGAAGGUGAACUACAAGGAGUACUGGCGUGUUAAGGUCUCAAUCACAAAUUUCAAUUACAGGAUGAAUUAUACUCAGUGGAAUUUGGUAGUCCAACAUCCAAACUUUGAUAAUUUGACCGAGAUUUUCAGCUUCAACUACAAGCCGCUAAAUCCGUACCAAAAUAUAAAUGAUACUGCAAUGCUAUGGGGGGUCAAAUUCUACAAUGACUUGCUCAUGCAAGCGGGGCCCUUGGGAAACGUGCAGUCGGAGCUUCUUUUCCGAAAGGACAAAAACACCUUCACAUUCGAGAAGGGUUGGGGCUUCCCCAGAAGAAUUUAUUUCAAUGGUGAUAACUGUGUGAUGCCGCCUCCCGACGCAUAUCCAUAUUUGCCAAAUGCUGCUACUCUGCGCCAAAAUGUCUCCUUUUUAUUGCUACUUAUUUCUCUCCUCUCCUCUCUGGCUAUCCAUUUCGCAUGCCUUUGAGAAUUAGUGGGAUUUAAGGGGCUAUAUACCGCUCGACUUUGUGGGAAUUACUUCAAAUUUUUUCUUGUUUACUUCAAUUUUUGUUGUAUCCAGUGGGAGUUUUUCUUAGUUUUGUAGUUGCGAAUGGUGUUAUUUGUACGGCUGCUCGUAUAAAUUAUAUUGUUUAUACUAUAGGAUAUUUGUUUUGAAUUAGAACAGCUGGCUCGUAUAAA